UUCAUGGACACGUGGGUUUGUUAUUGCAGGAAGUAAAGAUGGCCGUUCAGUCCCUACUCUCAGAAUCUGUGAUCGGAUGGUCAAUAUUCACAGUUACUCUCCUGGUGAUCCUGGCUUUCUGCUGGAUCUACAUUCGCAAAUUUCAGAGUCGGCAAGAUAGUGAAGUUGUUUCAACUAUCACAGCAAUAUGCGCUCUGGCCAUUGCUUUGAUAACUUCGGCUCUGCUACCAGUGGACAUUUUCCUUGUUUCCUACAUGAAGUAUCCUAAUGGCACCUAUAAGGAAUGGGCUGCAAACAACGAGACAAGAGGACAAAUUGAAGCCACCGUGCUGUAUGGUUAUUACACUCUCUACUCCAUCAUACUAUGCUGCGUCUUUCUCUGGAUUCCCUUUGUUUACUUCUAUUAUGAAGAAAAGGAUGACAACAAUACAAGCAAAUGUUCGCAAGUGAAAAAUGCUCUGAAGUACACAGUUGGAUUUGUCAUUGUCUGCGUGGUGCUCCUUUUAAUUGGAGCUUUUGUUCCACUUCAGGCCCCACCUGGACAAAAUUCCACUCAGUGGGAGAAGGUGCAGUACCUUUUUGAGGAGCUUGGCAGUAGCCAUGGUCUUCCAGCUCUGUCUUUCUCUAUCAGCUCCUUGACGUUGAUUGGGAUGUUGGCAGUGAUCACUUACACGGCAUAUGGAAUGUCUGUCAUGCCUUUGAAUCUGAUAAAAGGCACACGGAGUGUCGCAUACGAACGCCUUGAGAACACUGAGGACAUUGACGAGGUUGAGCAUCAGAUAGAAAAUCUGAAAUCUAAGUGUAAGGAUGGACGUCCUCUGUCCUCAAAGGACAGACGCAACCUGCAGGAGCUUGAGGGCAAACUACAGGUCCUCCGGCGCAGAGGUAGACACCUGGACAUUGCAGAGAGGAACUGCUGCUCUAAAGUUGGCAUUGCUCUCAGACCUGUCAAGAUAUUACUGGGGGUUUUCUUUAUCUUGGUUGCACUGCUCUUCACUAUUUCCCUGUUUAUUUCAAAUUUGGAUAAAGCUCUUCACUCUGCUGGCAUCAGCUAUGGGUUCAUAAUUUUUGGCACCAACUUAACCAAUCCUCUCAACGAACUUCUGCUGGCAUUACAACCUGUUUUUCCACUGGAUUACAUCCUAAUCACGGUCAUGACCAUGUACUUUGUGCUGACAUCCAUGGCUGGCAUUCGUAACAUGGGCAUCUGGUUCUUCUGGAUAAGGCUGUACAAAAUAAGACCAAAGAGAACACGUCCCCAGGCUCUCCUCUUCCUCUGCAUGAUUCUGCUGUUGAUUGUUCUCCACACUAGCUACAUGAUCUACAGUCUGGCCCCACAAUACGUCAUGUAUGGCAGCCAGAAAUAUCUUGUACAGAGUCAGGCACCUUCAACUGAUCCAGUGCCUAGAAAUGUUACUUUAAGCACUACAAAGAUAUGUGACGCAGACGCACCUGAGGAUCAGUGCAUUGUGACAAGAACCUAUCUUUUCCUACACAAGUUCUGGUUCUUUAGCACCAUCUACUACUUUGGGAACUGGGCUUUUAUUGGGGCUUUCCUGAUUGGACUGGUGGUGUCAUGCUGCAGAGGGAAGAAAUCUGUGAUCGAAGGAGAGGUGGAGGCCGAUGAUUCAGAUCUAAGCGAUGAUGAAUAUGUGCACUGAAAAGAAACAACCUUUCACCUGUACAUAUUGUAGUUAUUACUUAAAGGGAGCGGAAAGUAUGCUUUCUUCAACUGAUAAGUGAACUGAAGUUAACCUAAUUGAACCUAUUAUUUGGGAUUUCUUUGGUUAGAUUCCAGGCUUGGUUGAGUUGACUCGUUCCUCCCUUUUAAUGAGACAGCUCCGACUGAUCGUGGUAUCUUAGUCAGUCAAUUUUAUUGAUAGCUCGGGGACUCUGGGAGUGUCUCCAACUCGAUCCUACCUUGAGAAUUCACAUCUCGACAGUCUGACACAAAUUAGUCAUUCUUUAGGAGAAACACUGACAUGAAACAUUUACUGUUCCAAAACUCAAUGUUUAGGCUUCUACCUUUGAACAAUUGAUUUUUUUUCUUUGACUUUGUUUAGCUCCUCUUUCUAGUCCUCUUAAAUUAUUUAUUUAUGGAAAGAUCUAAACCUUGCUUCAGUACAUAUUUAAGCCUAUAGUUCUACUAAAUAGCUGCUCGUUAUAAAAACAAUUAUUUCUUAGAGUUGACAUAACACUGUGAAAAGGUUUAUGCUUGCUUUGAGUUGCAUAUAGUUCAAGUGAAGAUGCUGUAUUUUUUCCAUCUACUGUUAUAUAAAAGCAUGUUCCUGCCCCUGCCACCCACUUGAUGUGUACAAUGUAAAGAACCAGUGGCAUCUGUAGUAUUUUCUGGGUUUUUACUUAAGGGUUUCAAAAUGGGUGUGCUCUGAGUGAAAUUUAGGAAAAUUAGGAAUGGAGAAAUGAAAGAAAUCGGUUACAGAUGUUACUUUUUUCUCUUUUAAUAAAGACUACGUGUCAUUUCUUGUUUUACUUUGAA